CACGCCACCUUCAAACUCACUUAAAUUACCUUUCUUCCUCAUUCUGAUGGUGGCUUUGAACUUCGGCAGGUCGUCUCGACCACGUGGACAUGACAUUGGAAUUGGCUGACUUUUAAUUUGUACCCAGGGAUCCCCCACAUAACAACCUAUCACGUGUUAAUAAAAACGCUCUUCUGCGGGUGCUUUUUGCAAAAAUAAUAUAAAAUUAAUCGACAUACAAUAACGCGGGCGCGAUAAGUCACUCAGAACGGGAGAGUGGGGGAAGUUCCGAGCAGGCCGUGAACUCCUCAGCAGUACUGGUCGGGAUGGAGCUGCGGCGCUGCUGCUGUUGUUUUCUCUCCGCCGCACGUUCAUAUUAACUGUCAACCGACGGGAGCAGCUCGGGACCCUCUGCGCGGAGAAGCACCGUGAAUGGACUACCACAGACAGCGCUGGGGCUCGCCUUUAUCCCUCCGCCGAAGAGAAGACAAGAAAACAUCAAAUAAAACAGCUGCAGCAUCUGUCAACCUUUGCAGUCUAGAAAAACGCGCGGGUGCAGUAAGAAAAACGGCGCGCGCUCACUGAUUAGUAUGUAGACAAGUCGCUAAUUAACUGGUAAUUACACAAGUAGUAUUUAAACCCGCCUGUGCGCCUCGCGUGUCUGCCAGGAGUCUAAAAUUAGACCGAGGCAGAGCCGCCGGAGGACGCGGUAGUAUUUAUUUAGUAGUUGGUUGUUGUUGUUUUUUCGUUUUUCAUUAACGCACCUUGGAUUCCUGCCGUUACCACAAAGCAAGUGUGGAGCCGAGGACGAGGUCCAAACAAUUCAAGUCAGACCUGAUUAGGAGAGAGAGAUGACCCUUGUUUUGUCCAUGAAUCCUUUCCUGGACCCAGAGGGAGACCCUCCGCUCUCCACUUACCAGCCCAUAUGGGAGUCGGAGCGCUGCACUAAGACCUGCCUGUCAAACCCCGCCCCGCCAUGCAGCUCCGAAGAACAAUUCACUCCAGAGUCAUCCUGCAGACGAGUUCCUGAUCAUAUUUCAAUGUCGAGGAUCGCGUACUUCAAGAGGAAGUUUGUUGAUGAUGAUGAUGAGGCACCCUUUAGCUUCAGGACAUACUGCCAGACUGUUGCACCGGUUCUGGAGGAGCGUGCCCACGUGCUGCGCCUCUCCCUGGAGAAGAUGCGAUUCAUCGACGACCCCGAGGCAUUCCUCCGCCGCUCCGUUCUUGUUAACAACCUCCUUCGGCGUCUGCGAGCAGAGAUCCUCCUCCAGAGCACUGACUGGUGCUUUCCGCCCAACCCAGCGUUUGCCUCUGGCCCUUGCAUCCUGCCUCCCAGCACUAACCCCGCUCACCAGGCACUCCACAGAGCAGUGCCCGCCCGCAUCUGCUUAGCGCCCCAAGCCGGGCCGCCCUUACGCAAACGUUUCCGAAUGGUCCGUGGGGGACAGGGGGAUCUUCGCCCUGACUGUGCCCAGACAUGCUGCUGCAUCUACGCCGCGGCGGCCGCCGCAGGACACUACCUCCACCUCCCAUUCUCCAUGUACGAUGCAGCGCUCUCCUGCUCGUCUGCACCGCACUCCUCCUCGUUUUUUCAGCUGGCCAGCCAUAGUAAGUUAGGGCUGGCAGUGGCCGUGGAUGAUCGUGAUGAUGAGGAUGACGAUGUUGAGGAAGAGGAGGAAAAUGAGGAGGAGGAAGAAGAGCGGGAGGAAGAGGAGGAGGACGAGGAAGACGAUGAUGAAAGAAGACAAGCGGGGCCUUCGGUUGAUGUCGUUAGCAACAAAUCAAGCCAGAAAAGUAGGACUAGGACCCUGCUAGGUGAUGCACACGGGAGGACAGAGGACAGCUGCAUGACAGAUAGGGUGGAAGAAGAGGAGGGAGAGCAGGAGGAAGAAGAGGAGGAAGAGGAGGAGGAGGAAGAAGGCGUGAGACAGUGCCAGUGGGACUGUACUGCAACAGAAAGAGGGCCACACAAGCUGAGCUUUUGGCAUCGGAGGGCUCACAGACAAUAAUUCAAUAGCAUUCUAAGUCUCCUAAAAAUGUAAUGAUGACGACAACUGUCUCAUAACAGAUUAAGGUGGAAGCUACCUACACUAUAGAAAUGCCAAGUCAGCUUUAUUUUAAUGGGUUAUUAUACUUCAGGGUACACAGACACAGCUGUCAUUAGCAUUAGUGAGAUGAAGAAAAACAGCCUCUUCUUGGCCUCUGUUGGCACUGCACACAUUUCUCAAACAAUUAUAAAGACCAAGGUCACAUAUGGCGGGGUCUUAGGUCCCCAAAGUGAAGUGAAGCUUGCUAUUGCACUGUCUGCAAGACCAUUUUCAAGCCCCACAGCACAAAGCAUAAGGUCUCAAAUGGGGCUUUUUUAUUGGUGCGACGGUCUCGUUUCAGGACCCUAAACAAGCCUAUGAAAUAAUGGGUUGUGGAUCUGGGAGUGUGUGUUUGCUUCUGUGUGUGUGUUUGCAACAUAAU